CUGGCUGUGAUUUCAAGGAGGCAUGAAUACCAUAGUAGAAGUGAUUCCAGAGGGUGAAAUUACUUGUUUUGAAUAUGACUUAUCUACUCAACUUCUGAGUUUAGUAGAUCCAAAAACCACAGAGCCUUUUGCCGCAUCAGAGACACCCAAUUAUAUUUCAGAUGUUGCUCAGCCUAUAUCCACAGAAUCUCAUACAUCAACAGUCCCACCUACCCAUCAAUCAGGUACUGCUGAGCUCAUUACCUUCAAGUCCGAAGCCUCAACACUACCUUCUACUAGUGGUUCAAAUGCACAUUCUGCAGAGGCUGAGACUGUGGAGACAUGUUCUUCCUCAGAGUUGUAUGUGGCAACAAUACCACUUACUGAUCUUUCUGUACUAGUUGAACCACAAAUCAAGUGUUCAUUGCUAGAGGAAGACCCAACCACUCCAACUUGUGUUCCAUUGACCUUCACUCUUGUUGAGAAAGCAACUAAGCGAAGAGGGGAUAGACUAAUUGAUAGCAUGGGCUUCUCCUAUAACAUCCGCCGCAAAGGGGCCAAUAUAACUCGUUGGCAAUGUACCAUUAGGAGGAAAGAGUUCUAUUGUAAAGCAGCAGUAGUGGAAAGAAAUGGUGUCUUCACCUUUGGGAAUUUUUCUCAUAAUCAUGAGCCUCCUAAACCAAGAGCCCAAACUCCCUCACGGAAGACCAAGACCAAGGCAGUGGUGGAACAAUGCAAGCCUGAGCCAACCAGCACAGAUGAGGAAAAUCUUCAGCCGACAACUACUCUAUUCCAAGCUUUGCCUGAACCUUGUGGUAACAUAGAACAUUCAAACCCUAAUGCUGCUCAACUGCCACCUAAUGAUAACCAGGCUGAUUUGGUUGAGUCAGUUAUUCAGACUUCACCACCCACUCCCACACCUCCAACAAAUGUUCCUAUGACAUAUCACUUGGUGGAGGAAGCAUCUCUGCGGAGAAGGAACAAACUGAUUGACAGUAAAGGCUUCUCCUAUAAUGUCCGUCGUAUGAAAGCUGAUAAAAUUCACUGGCAGUGUAGCAUAAGGCCAAAGGGAAACCACUGCAAAGCCACAGUGCUUGAGCAGGAUGGUGUGUACACUUUUGGGAAACAUCCCCACAACCAUGGUACCUACUCAGGAACUCUAGCUGCUGCUCAAAUAGUGUCUACCAUUAAAACAAAGGCAUUGGAAGAGUUAUCCAAGCCAGCUUCUGUCAUUGUUAAAGAGAUUCUUCAGGAAGCUCUGCCUGUUACCUCUAUGUGCCCAGCUUUGCCCAAAGUGGACCAUAUUGUACGUGCAGUAAAUCGUUUGCGUCAGAAAAUGAGGUCAGAAGAUGUGAAAGACCUCAAUUUCUCCCUUAAAGAAGACGUCAUUCCUCCAGGUUUUUACCAAGCGGAGGUGAAAGUAAAGAAGCGACGCCACCUAAUUUUUGCCACAGAACAACAGCUGAGUCAGCUAGCUGCAACAAAAACUUGGUACAUUGACAGAAAUGACAAGAUAGUCAAAGACCCCUUUCACCAACUUGUGUCAAUUAGUGCGUUUGUUAUGUCUGCAGAGUCUGCAAAACAAGUGCCAUUAGCGUUUGUGUUAAUGUCCUCAAAGAAAAAGAGAGAUUACAAGAAGAUUUUGAGAGAAAUCAUUCAUCUUCUACCUGGGGAAUGGCUUCAUGUGCAAUUUGUUACGGCAGAUUUUGACGAGGCAUUGUGGGGAGCACUUCGUUCUGUUGUCCCACAUGUAAAGCUGCAGGGAUGUCCUCUUCACUGGACCCAGUUGGUGUGGAAAAAGAUGCAAGAUCUUGGUCUGCAAGCACUGUGCAUUGAGGAUAAUGGUAUGCACAAGUACAUUAGGAAACUGCUUGCAUUACCCUUACUGCCUGGCAAAGAGAUUUCUACUCAGUUCCAGCGACUAAAACUACAGGCAACCACGGAGACACUUCAGGAACUAAUAAAAUACAUUGAGGAUACAUGGAUCACCAACAUUGCGUACCCCAUCAGGGAUUGGUCUGCUUAUCGUCAGCCAAUAAGAACAAUGAAUGACAUUGGAAGCUGGCUGAAGCUUCUCAGUAAUGAAACCAGUAGGAAAGGUCAAGUUCCUUUUUACACUCUAGUUCAGUCACUGCAUCAAGUGGCCCAACUUUCUGUUCAAAACGUGCAGUUGGUAAGCAACGAAAAGUUGAUCAGGAUUCAACAGCAAGAUUGCCAUCACUUGCAGUCACAGAUCAGUCAGUAUUGGACUGAGUUUAGGAAAAGAAAACUAACAGCAACAAAACUACUAAAGGUCUGUUCCAAGCUGUAUGGGCCAUCUCAAACUGAGUCCUGACUUUCAUAUAUCAUGAGAUUUUAUUCAUUCAUUAAUAAGCUUGUAUUUAUUUUGAACACUGAUGUUAGAUACCAGCAGAAGCUUAGUAGAACCUACUGGUAAUGUGACGAAGUUUACUUGCCAUGAUUUUUUAAAAAAUUUCUUUUGUCAUAAUCAAAAUGUCCUAUUUUUUUGCAUUCAGUUUUGUAUCUUGUAAAAAGUAUUUUUGGGAAAAUGUACAUAACAGUUGUGUAUUAGAAAUAUUAUCAUUAAACACAUAUGCUGGGGAAUGUUGUUCAACCAGUAGUGGUGGUAGAUGUGUCAAAAUCUUUUACAGCAGUGAUGAGUUUCUUUAACUUCUCAAGAAAAAAAUUUCACUUAGGUUAAAAAUUUAAUUUAUUACAGUGUAACAUUAAUUAUUGAUCAUUAAUAGCACCG